AUGGGGAAAGGCCAGAGAGAGAUGGGGCUCGAGGCCUCGGUGGACAUCUGUGAACAGUGGACAGGAAAGGUCUGCCUGGGGCCCCGGAGGACCCAGGAAGUCGCGGUGGGCGCGCGAGAGACAGAAAAGGUGACGCGGGGGCCCGGGAAGGCGGCCGCCGCGCUGCCCCCCAACCCCCGCCCCUGGUUAUUUGGCCGCCUUCUCCCGCAGCUCCGGGCAGUCUCCUGGAAGCGACCCUCCGCGUCCGGCGUGGGACUCCAGGCCGGAGGUGCCCAAGGAGCUCCAAGGAGCGCAGGGAGAGGCCGUGCAGCCAGAGAGGCCGGGAGAAGGCGGCAGCCGCUGAGCCAAACGCAGCGCGGCGGGCCAGCCCCAGCUCGGCGGGACCAGGACUCGGACUCAGCGGCCGUGGUGCCCUAUCUCGGCGGCGAGCAGAGCUACUACCGCGCGGCGGCGGCGGCGGCCGGGGGCGGCUACACUGCCAUGCCGGCCCCCAUGAGUGUGUACUCGCAUCCCGCGCACGCCGAGCAGUACCCGGGCGGCAUGGCCCGCGCUUAUGGGCCCUACACACCGCAGCCGCAGCCCAAGGACAUGGUAAAGCCACCCUACAGCUACAUCGCGCUCAUCACCAUGGCCAUCCAGAACGCCCCGGACAAGAAGAUCACUCUCAACGGUAUCUACCAGUUCAUCAUGGACCGUUUCCCCUUCUACCGGGACAAUAAACAGGGCUGGCAGAACAGCAUCCGCCACAACCUCUCGCUCAACGAGUGCUUUGUCAAGGUGCCCCGCGACGACAAGAAGCCGGGCAAAGGCAGCUACUGGACGCUGGACCCGGACUCCUACAACAUGUUCGAGAACGGCAGCUUCCUGAGGCGGCGGCGGCGCUUCAAGAAAAAGGACGCCGUGAAGGACAAGGAAGAGAAGGAUCGGCUGCACCUCAAGGAGCCGCCGCCUCCGGCUUCGGGCCGCCAGCCUCCGGCCGCACCGCCGGAACCAGCGGACGGCGCCGCGCCGGGACCGCAGCCGCCGCCAGUGCGCAUCCAGGACAUCAAGACGGAGAACGGUACGUGCCCCUCGCCGCCCCAGCCCCUGUCCCCGGCCGCCGCCCUCGGCAGCGGGAGCGCCGCAGCGGUGCCCAAGAUCGAGAGCCCCGACAGCAGCAGCAGCAGCUUGUCGAGCGGGAGCAGCCCCCCUGGCAGCCUGCCCUCCGCGCGGCCGCUGAGCCUGGACGUGCUGGCCUCGGCGGCCGCGUCGUCGCGCACGGGCAUCGCACCCCCGCUCGCGUUGGGCGCUUACUCUCCAGGCCAGAGCUCCCUCUACAGCUCCCCCUGCAGCCAGAGCUCGAGCGCGGGCAGUUCGGGCGGUGGCAGUGGUGGCGGUGGCGGCACGGGGGCCGGUGGCGGCGCGGGGACCUACCACUGCAACCUGCAGGCCAUGAGCCUGUACGCGGCGGGCGAGCGCAGCGGCCACUUGCAGGGCGCGCCCGGGGGCGCGGGCUCGGCGGUGGACGACCCCCUCCCCGAUUACUCCAUGCCUCCGGUAACCAGCAGCAGCUCGUCGUCCCUGAGCCAUGGCGGGGGAGGCCAGGAGACAGGCCACCACCCAGCGACACACCAAGGCCGGCUCCCCUCAUGGUACCUGAACCAAGCAGGCGGAGACCUGGGCCACCUGGCCAGCGCGGCGGCGGCCGCCGCCGCGGGCUACCCCGGGCAGCAGCAGAACUUCCAUUCCGUCAGGGAGAUGUUUGAGUCCCAGCGGAUCGGCUUGAACAACUCGCCAGUGAACGGAAACAGUAGCUGUCAGAUGGCGUUCCCGGCCAGCCAGCCCCUGUACCGCGCGUCCGGGGCUUUCGUCUAUGACUGCAGUAAGUUCUGACCCCACCCUGGCCCCUCAAAGCCGAACUUGAUGGAACAGCCAAAGCAGGAACAGCCCAAAGAAAACAUCAAUGCAAAAUCGAAACUAAAAUUACCCAAUUUCAAGAACUCCAGAAAAUUCACCAGCCAACACUCCCAAAAUUCAAAUCGCCAGCACCAGCCCAAAGAAAACUAUUUUCUUAAAAGAUUAAUUCAGAACCACCUCCACUUUGCCUUAUCUAAAUAAACCAAAGUAUAAACAAUUUUGUACAGAGACAGCAAAAUCAUGGUUUAUUAAAGGACAGUGUUACUCCAGAUAACACGUAAGUUUCUUCUUGCUUUUCAGAGCCUAGCUUUCCUGCGCUUUCCUCUCCCUCCCCCGCCUUUCCUGGCCUCUCACCUGUAAGAUAGUAUUUGAUCUUAUGUUGAAAGGAGGGGAAAGUCCCUAUAUAUGAGAAUUGCUUUCUUUUUAUUCAUGGACUUGUUUUAAAAUGUAAAUUGAAACAUAGUAAUUUAUUUUUAAUUUGUAGUUGGAUGUUGUGGACCAAACGCCAGAAAGUGUUUCCAAAAACUGAUGUUAAAGUGCCUGAAACUUUAAAUUGUGCUUUUUUUCCUCAUUAUAAAAAAGGGAAACUGUAUUAAUCUUAUUCUAUCAUCUUUCUUUUUGUUGAACAUACUCAUUGUUUAUUAAUAAAUUGCCAUUCAGUUUGAAUGAGACCUAUAUGUCUGGAUGCCUUAAUAAGCUUUAAUAUUAAAAAAAAUUCAGAGAUACAUUAGGAAUUUGUAUUCACCCACAUCUCUGAAUACUGGGGAAACCCUCUGAUUAGUCCAUGUCAAAUUUAGCUAAAAGUUUUUUGUUGUUGUUGUUGUUUAGACUUUUCUGGCAGCAUCUUCUGCAAAAUGUACUGUAGUCAAUUGCUUUGAGGGUAGUUUAAAAAAAUUCCUAAACAGAUCUGAGUUGGCAUAUAAACAAAUACUUUUUCAGUAAUGACUGAACAUGAUUUGGAAAUUUUAAGCCUAUGAAUCAGCAGCAGUCUCAUCACAGUGUUACCUGUGUGUAGAGAUGCAGAUGUGCCUCAAGAUACUCACAGAUGGGGAUUUGGCUCCUCUGUCCCGUAUACAAUUUCAGUGUUGAGUACCUUAUACACCCCUUGUGAGCCAGAUGUGGAAUAGAUUUUUCCUAUUAAUUUCAGUACUUUGGAAGAGGAAAAAUAUACCUGUUUUUAAAUGUAUGUAUAUAACUCAUUCCUAUUUACAGCCCUUCGUGUGAUACAUAGAAGGGUUGCUUUUUUAAAAUAUAAAUAUUGCAAGUUGGAAAGAAAUAUUUAAUCUUUGGGAAACUCUUUUAGAAGAUAUGUUUGUAGAAAAUUAUUAUGGAAAAAGAUUUAAAGCAAUAACAAAAAGGAAAGAGGCAGGGGCAGAACAUCUUAGUCCAGGGUGCUUCCCCGCUCCCCUCCCAACCAAUUUUUCUUGUUAAUUUACAGUUAAACCCAGGGGGCAAUUCAGAUGGGCCCUCCCCCACUUUUGUAAAUAACCCAGGAAAUGUAAUAAAUUCAUUAUCUUAGGGUGAUCUGCCCUGUCAAUCAGACUUUGGUGAGAUGGCGAUUUGAUUACAGACAUUCAGGGCCUUUAAGUUUGUUUUCGAGAUAAUGCAGUUUCCUAUCUGCCGCUCCUAUCUAGAGGCAACACUUAAGCAGUAAUUGCUGUUGCUUGUUGUCAAAAUUUGAUCAUUGUUAAAGGAUUGCUGCAAAUAAAUACACUCUA